AAUUAUCGAUAGGUUUCCCAUCCCUAUUUUUGACCGUCAUUUACCGUCGGUUCUGCUCAGCAAUCACUUAAAUUAGCAAUUAUAAUUAUCGCUACGAAAACUUCAACACAAAAAUCUAUAAUACAACCCCAUGUCCAAUUUGCAGCGGGUCAUGAUGAAGUCCCGCUUACCACCGAUGUGUCCGAAUCCGAAAUUCCCCAAGCCCUCCGACCGUGGGUUUCGCAGACAAACCGAUUAUAAUCCCAUAAUGUGGAAUGAGUAUUUUGCCGAGCAACGGGAUGUUGAAACAAAGGAAGGAACAUUUCGGGUCUACCUGUCAAAGCAACCGGAGACACCGGGACCACUGCUUGUGAUGCUACAUGGUGGCGGUUUUUCAGCUCUUACGUGGGCUCACUUCAGUAUGGAAAUUACGAAAAUUAUACAUUGUCAAUGCUUGGCGAUUGAUAUAAGGGGUCAUGGUGACACCAACACAAAAAAUGAAGACGAUUUAUCUGCGGUAACUUUGGCACAGGAUAUCGGAGAUGUUUUGCAGAGCAUGUAUGGUGACACAUGUCAACCCGUAAUUCUCAUUGGUCACUCCAUGGGAGGUGCGAUUUGUGUUCAUUUAGCAAAUAUGAACAUUGUCAGUGCCCUCAUCGGUGUUGUUGUAAUCGAUGUUGUCGAGGGAACUGCUUUGGAAGCACUAGCAAGCAUGCAGAGUUUCCUGCGCUCACGACCAAGCACAUUUAAAAGCAUUCAGCAUGCAGUGGAAUGGAGCGUACGGAGUGGUCAGAUUCGAAACAUUGACUCUGCGCGAGUUUCGAUGCCAGGGCAGAUUGUAAAUAUUGAAACUGGUAAGCUCUCCACUAACGAGCUCCCGUUAGCCGAGGAGAGCAAGGAAGAACGAACACGGUUCAGUAAUCCAAAUGCUAUAGCCGAGGAUGCUGAAGUUCCUGCUAAUUUGGUUGCGCCUGCCGCACCAGCACCACCUGUUAAUCUCAAAAAAUAUACCUGGCGCAUCGAUCUUUCCAAAUCGGAAACCUACUGGGAGGGGUGGUUUCAGGGACUCAGUCAAAAAUUUUUGGAUAUUGGGGUUCCUAAACUGUUACUGCUCGCUGGUAUUGACAAUCUUGAUCGGGCAUUAACAGUUGGUCAGAUGCAAGGCAAGUUUCAAUUGCAAGUGUUAGCUCGCUGUGGACACGCUGUUCAUGAGGACCGUCCCCAUGAAGUGGCUGAAGUUAUUGGAACUUACUUACUAAGGAAUAAGUUUGCCGAGCCGGCUGGCGAUGGGCAAUUUUUAAAACACAUGCCAGCCUGCUAAAUGAAUAUACCUCAAUAUGUUUAUGUUUACGACAUUAUUGACUGUAUGGAAUGUUUCUGUUUUAUGAGUAUGAAGUUUUUAUUCGAUGAGAAUAAGGUCAAUUUUCGUAACAUUAAUUUAUUUGCUUAGUGCUCGAUUGUGGACUGGAGUUGUAUUAAAUUAUAGAGCUCUUGUCGGAGCAUAUUUUUUCUACCCCAACAAAAAUAAUAACAAA